AUGGGAGUGGACCUGAUGAUCCACACUGCUGCAAAAAUCCAGAUGCCGCUGCUCAUCAAAUCCCGAAGCCGCAAAGCAAAAUAUGAACUUUGGUCCUGGUCCUCUGUUAAUUCUUCCACUCUCAUAGACACUCAGGAACCAGUGACAUAUGAGGAUGUGGCUGUGGACUUCACCCAGGAAGAGUGGCAGCACCUGGACCCUGCUCAGAAGACCCUACACAGAGAUGUGAUGCUGGAGAUCUACAGCCACCUGGUGUCUGUGGGGUGUUCAGGUAUAAAACCAGGUAUAAUCUUCAAGUUGGAACAUGAAGAGGACCCAUGGAUCAUAAAGAGUGAGUUGUCAAGGUGGAUCCACUCAGACAGAGAGAAAAGCCUUGACUCUUCCCAGCAGAUCAUUUCUGAAGAGCUUUCAUUUCAAAAGGAGAUAUUGGAAAAAACCCCAGAGGAUGAUUCAUUGUAUCCUCUCUUAAAAGUCUGGCAUACUGAUGGUCAGAUAGAUAGGUAUCAAGGAAACCAAGACAGAGUUUUGAAGCAGGUCACAGUCACUAGCCAUGAAACAUUGGCCAAAGAGAAAGGCCCCAAAUGUAAUACAUUUGGAAAAAUACUUGGUGUGUGCAUAGACCUUGAUCCUUCAAGUAAAAAACUCUGUGAUUUUGAUUCAUGUGAAAAGAGCUUGAAAUCUAAUUUAGACUCACUGACAUGCAACAGGAGCCAUGCAAGGAGGAACCUCAUUGAGAGAUUUGGAUGUGGGACACCACCUAGCUAUAAUGAUUCCUGUUCUGUGCCUGAGGAAAUUUACACUGGCAUGAAACCCUGUGGACAUAGUCAAUGUGAAAAAGGUCUCAAUCAUAAACAAGUCCAUAUUCAGUAUAAGAAAGAUCAAGCUGGUAAGAAACCCAAUGUUUGUAACGAGUGUGGGAAAGGCUUUAUUAAGAAGUCACGGCUUAUUAUACAUCAAAGAAUUCAUACUGGAGAGAAACCGUUUGUAUGUGGCGAUUGUGGAAAAGCCUUCAGUGAGAAAUCACACCUCAUUGUGCAUCAGAGGAUUCAUACUGGGGAGAAACCUUAUGAAUGUACUGAGUGUGGGAGGGCCUUCUCCCAGAAGUCACCCUUCAUCGUUCAUCAGAGAGUCCACACUGGAGAGAAACCCUAUGAAUGUUUUGAGUGUCAAAAAGCCUUCUCUCAGAAGUCACAUCUCAUUAUACAUCAGCGAGUGCACGCUAGAGAGAAGCCCUUUGAAUGCAGUGAAUGUGGGAAAGCCUUCUGUGAGAAGUCUCACCUUUUUAUACACCAGAUAACUCAUACUGGGGAGAGACCCUAUGAAUGUACUGAAUGUGGGAAAACCUUCCCUCGGAAAACACAACUCAUCAUCCAUCGGAGAACACAUACUGGAGAGAAACCCUAUAAGUGUAGUGAAUGUGGAAAAACCUUUUGCCAGCAGUCCCACCUCAUAGGGCAUCAAAGAAUUCAUACAGGAGAGAAACCUUAUAUAUGUACUGACUGUGGAAAAGCUUUUUCCCAAAAGUCACACCUUACUGGACAUCAAAGACUUCAUACUGGAGAAAAACCUUAUAUAUGUACAGAAUGUGGAAAAGCCUUCUCUCAGAAGUCACCUCUUAUUAUACACCAGAGAAUUCAUACAGGGGAGAAACCCUAUGAGUGUAGUGACUGUGGCAAAACCUUCUCCCAGAAAUCACCCCUCAUUAUUCAUCAGAGAAUUCAUACAGGGGAGAAACCCUAUGAGUGUACUGAGUGUGGUAGGGCCUUUUCCCUGAAGUCACAUCUCAUUAUACAUCAGAGAGCUCAUGCUGGAGAGAAACCAUAUGGAUGUAGUGAAUGUGGAAAGGCCUUCUGUGAGAAGUCUCCAUUAGCUAUACAUCAAAAAAUUCAUACUAGGGAGAAACCCUCUGAAUCUGCUGAAUAUGGGAUGGCUUUUUCCCGGAAAUCACAGAUGAUCACAUAUCAGAGAACACACACAGGGGAGAAACCUUCUAAAUGCAGUGACUGUGGGAAGGUAUUCUGCCAGCAUAUAUACCUCACUGGACAUCAGAAUCCACAUAGGAGAGAAACCUCAUAUAUGUACUGAUUGUGGGAAGGUCUUCCCAGAAGUCAGACCUCACUGUGCAUGAAAAAACUCACACUGAACAGAAAUUCUAUGGAUGUGUUGGACAUGAAAAAAGUGUGGCAC